UCAACAUAGACCAAGGACAAGUGUUAUAUAUCGCCGGAGUCGCUUCUUUAAUGGAAGUUGCAUCCCCCGCAAAAGCUGAGCGAGCCCAAAUGGCAUGCUGGCAUUGCUCUCAGCAUUGCGGAGCAUUCCCCAUUUUCCAAAAUAGGACCCUUGCAACGCAUCUCCACAGCUGUCUUUUACAUCAUCCUCACUCGUCGACACUGCGAUUCUUGAUAUGGAAGAUGCAAUCAGUUCUGGGCUUUAAGUCAAUCUGGUAGUCUGUGUUCGAUCUGAGCAAUACCUGGGGCCAGUCAACGUGUUCUGGUUUUAACGUUUGCAUUUGAUAUGGCUGACGACGACCGCUCUGCAUCACCGGCAACAGCUCACGCGACGGGACGUUCGCCUUCUGCUAAUAAUGGGCAUCUAGGUUAUGGUAUGAGACGGGCUAGAACUAUGGACGAAACAGCACAAUUUCGCAGGCGAUCGUCUUUCAACCCAGCGGGUUCUGCUCGUAGUUCCUUCACUGAUGUUCAGCGAAGGGGCUCGACGUUUUCUGACCUCAGCCACAACGCCGACAGCCCUGAAGACGGACUAUGGAACUUGGGCAAAAUGAGGUCAGACCCCCCUGAGCAGACCAUGGCUGCUACGCUGCCGCUAGUGCUCGCUCUUCUACCGGCUUUAGGGGGCCUGUUCUUCGAGGGUGGUAACGCAUUCGCCACGGAUAUCAUUCUUCUUGGGUUGGCUGCAGUAUUCCUACGUUGGUCGGUCACACAACCAUGGAAUUGGUAUCACGCUGCUCAAGAGGUACGCGUAGCCAAGGAUAUGGCAAUGUCUACACCAGUGUUCGAAACUGAUAGCGACUUGGAUCUGUCAACAACGGCAUCUGCCACGACAGCACCUGAGCACAUGUUAGAGGGAGAGGAAAAGGGAGCAGCACACAACUUCACAUCUAGGGAGGCGCCGAAAUCCGGUUGCUACAAGAAAUGGCAAACAGAACGGGAUGCCGCAGCCAAAGGGCUUCGCAGACAUGAGAAAUAUGCCUUGGCUUGGUGCUUCUUAUUUCCUUUACUGGGCGCCUUGCUUUUACAUACAAUUCGUGGUCAACUAAGCCAAAGGUCUGAGGGGCUAGUCAGUGACUACAAUUUACACAUAUUUGUCAUUGCCGCGGAGAUUAGGCCUAUAUCGCACUUAAUCGGACUGCUACAUAACAGCACUCUGCGCAAGCAACGCAUAAUGGCAAACAAUCCGUAUGAGCAACAGGACAACAGAGACCAGCAGUUCCAAGAUCUGUACGCCAGAAUCGAAGAGCUUGAAACACGACUAUCCGCUGGCGAGGCUACGGUGGAAGCCACCACAGUAGCUAGUGCUGAGCAUGAGCAAUUUGCUGUCAGGACUAUUGAGUCAUCAGUAACACGCAAUUUUCUCGAGAAAGUACAACCCGAAGUCGACUCUGUCACGCGGGCGAUGCGAAGAUAUGAGAAAAAGCUCAGCAAUAUGACCGACCAGAUCGACAUAAGACUGGAGUAUCUCGAUCAGAGGAGCAAUGAUGCUAUAGCACUGGCAGCGAUUGCUGCCAGGCAAAACAAUAAUCCGGGGAACAUGAUCACUUGGCUAUUCGAGCGAUCGACAGCCGUUGUCUUGUUGCCUUAUCGAACAGCACUGGCCAUCUUCACCAUUCCUUUUCGAACUGCCUCAUCGCUUCUAGGAGGUUCGAGCAGAUCAACCUCUGAAAAAACUUACAAGAAAGGUCGCAGGUCGUCUGGCUCAGGUCGGUACAAUGUUGAGCGCCAGCCGGCCAGGGUAUCGAGAAAGUGAUGUGUGGGGAGUUCGCAAUGAUACUCAUUAAUGAAGUUUUUUUUUUAUGGGUUCAGUCUCCGUCUCAAAUGGUUGUAUAAGCACGAGCGGUGUAUUGGGACCUACUACCAUGGUGUAGGACUGUAAAUAAAGUACGACUCUGAUUGCCCGCAAGUGUAGUCACGCAGUAUGGCAUAUCGAUGCUCGCGACGCCGAGGAAAAUGGCAGGUGUACGGAGUUCAUGACCAACUAGAUUAACGCUUAUUAAUUAUUCUUCGUUCUGAAGAGCCUGGGCUUCUGCCGCAUGCAUUGGUGUGUGAAAGUGGUCAAAAA